GCCUUAAUCUCGCAUUGGUCCCGCAAAGGUUGCAAAUUUAUAGAUCUCAUACUACGCAACAUCGUUACAUAUCCGCUUACGAAAGCAAGCUCCAGACCGUGGUCCCAUCGGUCUCGCCAGCUUGAUCCAUCGUGUUCAGCCCGACGGGUCAGAUUCUACUAAAUACAGAUGGCGCGGAAGGGCGGCCACAAGGUCAGGACGGGGUGUUUGACGUGCAAAACGCGCAAAGUGAAAUGUGAUGAAGCCAAGCCGGAAUGCAGCCGAUGCCUUACCUCUGGCCGUAAGUGCAGCGGCUAUCCGGUGACGCCGCCACAAAGUUCCGGCCUCAUGUGGCAUCGACCGCGUCAUCUCUUCCAAGGGAUCGACAGCCCGGCCGAUCGCAGGGCACUACAAUUCUUUUCCGAGGUGGCCGGUCCAUUUCUUCCGGGCGCUACGGACCCUUACUUUUGGACGCACGUGGUAAUGCAGUUCAGUGACUUUGAGCCUGCAGUCAGACACUCGGUCAUUGCCAUCAGCUCUCUCUACGAGCGAAGGCAGAUUGAUGACAAGUCCAAUGUCGGCUUGCAGGUGGACUGCUUCGCUCUUCAACACUACAAUGCCUCUAUUCACGAAAUGCAAAACAUGGAUAACCAGCCGCUGGUACUCUUAGUAUGCAUCCUUUUCAUAUGCAUAGAAUUCUUGCAAUUAAACAAGACGGCAGCCAUGCAACACUGCAAGCAUGGAGUCAAGCUGCUGCAAGAUCUGUCCUCGAAAUAUUCCUGGGCAGAAGAAUACCUAGUGCCAAUCUUUCGGCAUUUGAACGUAUUUCCUUUCUUUUUUGGUGGACCCUCAGACUUCCCCGAGCUGGUCGCUGCCAAUGAGCCUGUCCCUACCACUUUCGGGAGCUUCGCUGAGGCCCGGUCGAUGCUGGACACCAUCUUCAGUCGUUCAAUGCGACUAGUGCGGCAGGGCGACCAACUCCGCUUUGGUGACCCAGACCACAGGCAACCACAGCCAGAACUACUCGCUGAACAGGCUUCCAUCCUGGAGUAUUUGAGCCGUUGGCAAAUCGCGUUCAUGAGCGUCACCCGCGAUUUAUCCGUACCUGCCUGUCCGAUGGUCUGGCACGAUAAUUUUGGAGUAAGGUCUUCUCAGCAAUUAUUGGAAACUUUCUUAUCGAUCAACUACGAAUCAUGUGAAAUACUCACCAAACUGGCACUAAUAAAUAAUGAGGUGGAAUGCGACUCGUGUCUAGACGGCUAUCGAAGUAUUAUCAGGCAGGCUGCUAACAUCGAUACCAUCUCGGACUGCUUUGAAGAACGCGUCCCAAACCAACCCCAAUUCGUAUUUGAGCUAGGGUUUCUGCCCUUUUUGUCCAACGUCGCGCUGAAAUGCCGCGAUAUGAAGACUCGACUCGCAGCCAUGCGAAUGACGCGAUCCCUUGGCAUGCGCCAGGAGGGCUUGUUCGAUGGGUGCUCGACGUACGCGUUAGCGCGACGGACUAUAGAAAUAGAGCAUGGCAUCGUUCUGAAUAACCUGGGGCACCCCAUCACAGAAGCCGCCUAUCCCGGUCUUCCACCGGAGUCAAGCAGAAUACGAGGCGUUGGGGUCAACGCAGACACGGCGGUGGAGCAUAUCGGCGGGAGAGACUUCACUGGAAAGAUUGUUGGUUGCUAUAUGCUAGAGUCCAAUGGUGUGGUUCGUUUGCGAACUGAGUUCCUUCCCAACGAUCUUGAUGCUGCACGGGCGAACGGAUUCGAUAACAUGAAUCAGCCAUGGCCACAGUCCCACGACCCGGCCGCAUUAUCCACAUACGAACUACCCAAGCUAUGUGUGGACGCCUGAGACCAAGCAAAAUAAAUUCGCUAUGGACAUCCCAAGGAUGUGUGACACUCCGAUACCCCACGCUUGUCUCUGCAG